AUGAUCAAAAUCUAUUCCUACUCUCGGAAGAGACGGAAAGGGAAUAAAAGAAAAAGAGAAGAAAAAAGUAUUGAAAGCCAAAUGGGACAAAGAACAAUGUCAGACCAGCCGGCCGACCAGGCAGCACAGAUCGGAAAUUAUCAGCAAGGGAUACCAGCGAUGCAACAACCGAAAAGUAUCAUGCUGAAACUGGCCCAGAGCAGCAGCUAUCCCCAGGGCAGUAGGUCUCCUACUGGCAGUGGCCAUGAUACCUUCAUCCGUUGCUAUUGGACGUACUUCUGGGCUAUCUUUCUUGGGAGAAACAACGAGGACAACGCCCCCAACGCCACGAUAUUCUCGGUGGCUCUGCGAUGCGCCUAUUCUACCGAUUCGAUUGCUGGAUGACAGCCAGCCGUAAACUCAAAGGGAGCGAUUCCUCAAGCCUCUAUCAGCUGUUUUGAGUGAUAUUGACGCCUUUGUUCACUCCACGUGGCGGCUUCAAGAAAUUCAUCUGAAUCGCGGUCUGUAAUGCUCCAUCAGUGAUGGGUCCCCGACAAGGGACCAGCGGGAUUCACUCGUCGUCCCGUUCCCCCUCCUUCCGCCC